CGGCGGCGCCGGGCGGCCGUGACGUGGGCGCUCCCUUCAGCCGGCCUGCGGGGCACCGCCAGUCAGUCGGGGAGCAAGAGCCCCGCGCAGAGCCGGCGCGGGCUCGGCCACCGGCGCACCGCCGCCCCCGGGGCUGGCUCGCGGCUGGCGGCGGAGAGGCUGCGGGCAGGACGCGCGCGCCCACCGCCACAGCCACGGCCACGGCCACGGCCACGGCCGGCGCCGGCGGCUCGGGUCCCGAGCAGGGAAAGGAGAGCGGCGGCGGGUGCAGGCGCCGGAACGGAGGGCGGAUUUUGGCUCCGCGGGCGCGCCCUCCGCUCCCUCUCACAGCCGCGCCAGACGCCGAGUGGGGCAGGCGGCAGGGAAGGAGGACCCAGGACCCUCUCCCCGGGUCCCUGGAGCUGCCGGAGUUCGGACUUCUGCAACUGUUGGCACUUUGGGUCUCCGGUUCUGUUUUUGGCUGUUUACCUUUCUCUGGCUGCCUGGAAACCCAAGCUCCCGUCUGCCCUCCGCCCUCGCGCGCCCACCCAGCGCCGCCUGGGAGCGGCCCGGCGCGCACUCGGCACCAUGAGGAGUCUUGGGACGUGCUUGGCGACUUUGGCCGGACUUUUGCUAACUGCGGCAGGGGAGACGUUUUCAGGUGGUUGCCUUUUUGAUGAGCCAUAUAGCACCUGUGGAUAUAGUCAGGCUGAAGAUGAUGACUUCAACUGGGAGCAGGUGAACACCUUGACCAAACCAACUUCUGAUCCAUGGAUGCCAUCAGGCUCUUUCAUGCUGGUGAACACAUCUGGGAGACCUGAGGGGCAGAGAACCCACCUCCUCUUACCUCAGCUGAAAGAAAAUGACACCCACUGCAUUGAUUUUCACUAUUUUGUAUCCAGCAAGAGUAAUGCUGCUCCUGGGAUACUCAAUGUCUACGUGAAGGUCAAUAAUGGGCCUUUGGGGAAUCCUAUCUGGAACAUAUCUGGAGACCCUACCCGCACGUGGAACAGGGCAGAACUGGCCAUUAGUACAUUCUGGCCUAAUUUUUAUCAGGUGAUUUUUGAAGUGAUAACUUCUGGACAUCAAGGCUACCUCGCUAUUGAUGAAGUGAAGGUGUUAGGACAUCCAUGCACCAGAACUCCCCACUUCCUGCGGAUUCAGAAUGUGGAAGUCAACGCAGGCCAGUUUGCCACCUUCCAGUGCAGUGCCAUCGGCCGGACCGUGGCGGGUGACAGGCUGUGGUUGCAGGGCAUUGAUGGGCGCGAUGCUCCCCUCAAGGAAAUAAAGGUGACCAGUUCCCGGCGAUUCAUAGCUUCUUUUAAUGUCGUGAACACAACAAAACGAGAUGCUGGGAAGUACCGCUGCAUGAUUCGCACCGAAGGAGGGGUUGGAAUAUCAAACUAUGCAGAAUUGGUAGUUAAAGAGCCCCCCGUUCCCAUCGCUCCACCUCAGCUUGCCUCCGUGGGGGCAACCUACCUUUGGAUUCAACUCAACGCCAACUCCAUCAACGGGGAUGGGCCCAUUGUCGCCCGAGAGGUGGAGUACUGCACCGCAAGCGGGAGCUGGAACGACCGGCAGCCGGUGGAUUCCACGAGUUACAAAAUCGGGCACCUCGACCCGGAUACAGAGUACGAGAUCAGUGUGCUGCUCACCAGGCCAGGGGAGGGCGGCACUGGGUCUCCUGGGCCAGCUCUCAGAACCAGGACAAAGUGUGCCGAUCCCAUGCGUGGCCCAAGAAAACUGGAAGUGGUAGAAGUCAAAUCUCGACAAAUCACUAUCCGCUGGGAGCCAUUUGGAUAUAAUGUUACUCGCUGCCAUAGUUAUAAUCUCACAGUCCACUACUGUUACCAAGUCGGAGGACAGGAGCAAGUGCGAGAAGAAGUAAGCUGGGACACAGAUAAUUCACACCCUCAACAUACAAUCACUAACCUUUCACCAUAUACCAAUGUCAGUGUGAAACUCAUCCUCAUGAAUCCUGAGGGACGGAAGGAAAGUCAAGAACUCAUAGUACAGACGGAUGAAGAUUUGCCAGGAGCUGUUCCUACUGAAUCCAUCCAAGGAAGUACUUUUGAAGAGAAGAUAUUUCUUCAAUGGCGAGAACCGAUUCAAACAUAUGGUGUCAUCACUUUAUACGAGAUCACCUACAAAGCAGUCAGUUCCUUUGACCCCGAAAUAGAUUUAUCCAAUCAAAGUGGAAGAGUUUCAAAACUGGGGAAUGAAACCCAUUUUCUGUUCUUUGGACUGUAUCCGGGGACCACGUACUCCUUCACCAUCCGAGCCAGCACAGCUAAGGGGUUUGGACCUCCAGCCACAAAUCAGUUCACCACCAAAAUAUCAGCGCCCUCUAUGCCGGCUUAUGAACUCGAGACCCCUUUGAAUCAAACGGACAACACGGUGACAGUCAUGCUGAAACCAGCACAGAGCCGAGGCGCGCCUGUCAGUGUCUAUCAAGUGGUUGUUGAGGAAGAACGUCCUCGAAGAACUAAAAAGACAACAGAAAUCUUGAAGUGCUAUCCCGUGCCAAUUCACUUCCAGAAUGCGUCCAUACUGAACUCCCAGUACUACUUUGCUGCAGAAUUCCCAGCGAACAGUCUCCAAGCUGCUCAGCCUUUUACUAUUGGUGAUAAUAAGACAUACAACGGAUACUGGAACACUCCCCUUCUCCCCCAUAAAAGCUACAGAAUUUAUUUCCAAGCUGCUAGUAGAGCCAAUGGGGAAACCAAAAUAGACUGUGUACGAGUGGCCACAAAAGCUGCGAUAAUCGUGACUCAGCUUACAACACCUUACAUUCGCAUCGCCCCUGCCGCAGGCGACGACCAACUGACAGGAGCCGCCACCCCAAAGCCAGUCCCAGAACCCGAGAAGGAAACAGACCAUACUGUCAAAAUUGCUGGAGUCAUUGCUGGCAUCUUGCUGUUUGUUAUUAUAUUCCUCGGAGUUGUGUUGGUGAUGAAAAAAAGGAAAUUGGCCAAGAAGCGGAAGGAGACGAUGAGCAGCACGCGGCAGGAGAUGACCGUGAUGGUGAACUCAAUGGACAAGAGCUAUGCCGAGCAAGGCACCAACUGCGACGAGGCAUUCUCGUUCAUGGACACACACAAUUUGAAUGGGAGAUCAAUUCUGAAAACUUCUGUGGGUGCCAUGGCUUGCUUGGGAGAGGAGGAUAUGGCAGAGAUGAUAGGGCCAGACCAGGGAGCGCAGGAAGCCACAACUGUGUCUUCACCCUCGUCCUUUACAAUGAAAACGAAUACACUGAGCACAUCGGUGCCCAAUUCUUACUACCCAGACCCAUUUGUGCCAACUGCAAUUUUAGUGCCAAUAAAUGACGAAAGCCACACGAUGGCCAGCGACACCAGCAGCUUGGUGCAGUCACACACUUACAAGAAGCGAGAGCCGGCCGACGUGCCCUACCAGACCGGGCAGCUUCACCCCGCCAUCCGGGUGGCGGAUCUGCUUCAGCACAUCACGCAGAUGAAGUGUGCCGAGGGCUACGGCUUCAAGGAGGAAUACGAGAGCUUCUUUGAAGGGCAGUCUGCACCAUGGGACUCCGCAAAGAAAGAUGAAAACAGAAUGAAGAACAGAUAUGGGAAUAUCAUUGCAUAUGAUCAUUCGCGGGUGAGGCUGCAGACCAUAGAAGGAGAUACCAACUCAGACUAUAUCAAUGGAAAUUAUAUCGAUGGUUAUCAUCGACCCAAUCAUUAUAUUGCUACCCAAGGCCCAAUGCAAGAGACCAUCUAUGACUUCUGGAGGAUGGUGUGGCAUGAAAACACCGCAAGCAUCAUCAUGGUCACCAACCUCGUGGAAGUGGGAAGGGUCAAAUGCUGCAAAUACUGGCCCGAUGACACAGAGAUAUACAAAGACAUUAAAGUCACCCUCAUAGAAACAGAACUACUGGCAGAAUACGUGAUAAGAACAUUCGCUGUCGAAAAGAGAGGUGUUCAUGAAAUCCGCGAGAUCAGACAGUUUCACUUCACUGGUUGGCCGGAUCACGGGGUCCCCUAUCAUGCCACAGGGCUGCUGGGGUUCGUCCGGCAGGUCAAAUCCAAGAGCCCGCCCAACGCAGGCCCGCUGGUGGUGCACUGCAGUGCCGGCGCAGGGAGGACCGGCUGUUUCAUCGUGAUUGAUAUCAUGUUGGACAUGGCGGAAAGGGAAGGCGUGGUUGACAUCUACAACUGCGUGCGGGAGCUGCGGUCUCGGAGGGUGAACAUGGUGCAGACAGAGGAACAGUAUGUGUUUAUCCAUGAUGCCAUCCUGGAAGCCUGUCUUUGUGGAGACACCUCGGUCCCUGCUUCCCAAGUUCGGUCUCUGUAUUACGACAUGAACAAACUGGAUCCGCAGACGAACUCCAGCCAGAUUAAAGAGGAGUUCCGGACCCUGAACAUGGUGACGCCCACGCUGCGCGUGGAAGACUGCAGCAUCGCGCUGCUGCCGCGGAACCACGAGAAGAACCGCUGCAUGGACAUCCUGCCCCCAGACCGCUGCCUGCCCUUCCUCAUCACUAUCGACGGGGAGAGUAGCAACUACAUCAACGCCGCGCUCAUGGACAGCUAUAAACAGCCUUCAGCUUUCAUAGUGACGCAGCAUCCUUUGCCAAACACAGUGAAAGACUUCUGGAGACUGGUCCUGGAUUAUCACUGCACGUCUGUGGUCAUGCUCAAUGAUGUGGACCCUGCUCAGUUGUGUCCGCAGUACUGGCCAGAGAAUGGAGUUCACAGACAUGGCCCCAUCCAAGUGGAAUUUGUUUCUGCUGACUUAGAAGAAGACAUCAUCAGCAGGAUAUUCCGUAUUUAUAAUGCAGCCAGACCCCAAGAUGGAUAUCGGGUGGUGCAGCAAUUCCAGUUCCUGGGCUGGCCCAUGUACAGGGACACGCCGGUGUCCAAGCGCUCCUUCUUGAAGCUCAUUCGCCAAGUGGACAAGUGGCAGGAGGAAUACAACGGCGGUGAAGGCCGCACAGUCGUGCAUUGCUUGAAUGGGGGAGGCCGCAGUGGGACAUUCUGCGCCAUCAGCAUUGUCUGUGAGAUGCUCCGGCACCAGAGGACGGUGGACGUCUUCCACGCGGUGAAGACACUGAGGAACAACAAGCCCAACAUGGUGGACCUCCUGGAUCAGUACAAGUUCUGCUACGAGGUGGCUCUGGAAUACUUGAAUUCUGGCUGAUAGCCUGAAGAGCUCUGCACACCAACCCUUCCGUCCCACAAAGCCAAGACCUUCUGUGGUAUUUGUGUCAAUGAGAUGAAGACUUCUCAAUAUGCUUAUUUUGCUUUGCAUAAUUGGCUCUUUUUAAGAGCCCAAGAAAGCGUUUCUAAAACUGCUUUGCACUGCCCAAUUCCCAGCAAUGCUGCUGCCUGACGGAAAAACACACACACAGCAGAGUCGUCCAAUCCUGUCCUCCUAGGCGUCGGCUUGUUAGAGCAGCGUAGACAUCUGGUAAACUGAAGAGCACAAUUAUAUUCUUAUGAAGGAAUUUGUACCUUUGGGGUAUUAUUUUGUGGCCCGUGAACCUUUGUUAUUGUUACGGCUGAGUGUACAUUUUUGUUUUGUGGAGAAUGCUACCUAGCAUUAUGAUAAUAUAUUAUUUUAGUUAAUAUUUGUAUUUUAACAUGUUGCAUAAUAUAAGCUUAUGUACCUUUCCAAGACUAACAGAUAAACGUAUAAUGAACAAAGAUAUGUUGUAUGAGUUGUUGUUUCUAUCAGAUUUGUAUUGUUUCCAAGGGAAAAGCUUGGGAAGAAGUCAGUUCAAAAAAAUGCAAAGCUGGAUGAUCAGAUUCACAGAUCCAAAGCUUUUCCCUUUGUUUAUAUUGUAAAUAUUUCUGAUUUCAUCAAAUUAUUUAUUCAUUAAAAGAAAUUUUUGUGAAGCA